GUUUUAUCCUCCAAAGUCACAAUCCCCUUUUCUUAUCCUCAAGAAAUGGCGGCGACCCAACUUACAGCGUCACCAGUGACUGUGUCAGCUAGGAGCUUAGCCUCACUGGAAGGUCUCAGAGCUUCAAGUGCCAAGCUUUCUUCUUUCGGAACUUUGAAACCAGGCACCCUUAGGCAUGGCCAGUUCCGUUCUUUGGUUGUCAGAGCUGCUUCUGUGGUUGCUCCCAAGUAUACCUCGAUUAAGCCAUUGGGAGAUCGAGUGUUGGUGAAGAUCAAGGAGGCAGAGGAGAAGACUAUGGGAGGUAUCUUACUUCCAUCCACAGCUCAGUCAAAGCCUCAAGGAGGUGAAGUCGUUGCUGUGGGUGAAGGAAGAACUAUUGGGAAGAACAAAAUUGAUAUCACUGUCCCUACUGGAGCACAGAUUAUUUACUCCAAAUACGCAGGAACUGAGGUGGAAUUCAACGAUGUGAAGCAUCUCAUCCUCAAGGAAGAUGAUAUUGUGGGUCUUCUUGAGACAGAGGACAUCAAAGAUCUCAAGCCCUUGAAUGACCGAGUCUUUAUUAAGGUUGCUGAGGCAGAGGAGAAAACAGCUGGAGGGUUGUUGCUAACCGAGACUACCAAAGAGAAGCCUUCUAUUGGCACGGUGAUAGCAGUUGGACCAGGUUCUCUAGAUGAGGAAGGUAAGCUUCAGCCACUACCAAUAUCGACUGGAAGCACGGUUCUUUACUCCAAGUAUGCGGGUAACGACUUCAAGGGCAAAGAUGGCUCCAACUACAUUGCCCUCAGAGCUUCAGAUGUGAUGGCUGUGCUUUCUUAG